AUGGCCCGAGCCUUUGAUCUUUUCCCGUCCGCACCUGAGGAUUACUUUCUUCUGAACUAUGACCGGAGAUGGCCCUCGUGGAAGUUCGGGAUGCGGCAAGACGAGCUGUUCACCACGCUGGCGAAGCGUUGCAACUCGAUAACGCUGCCCGUCCUCGACGUCGAGGCAUUCAAUCGUGAUGUCUGCGAGCUCAGUGCCAUGGCACACGAUAGGGAUGACUUCCUCCAUCUUCUCGAUGAGCGACGGGAUCUCAGGCAGAAGGAGCUCCUUGAUCUCUGGCAGUUGUCAUUCACCCAGAUUGCAGCGUCGCCGGCGUUGCUGUCGACUUCCGAUGCGCGGUGGAAGGACGCGAUCCACAUCUACCACUCUAACUCGUUCGACGCAUAUGUACGAUACUUUGCGGGUUUUCUCCCAUCACAACCACACCCACCGAACUUGCGAAGACCUCCCAUCGAUACAACGCGCCCCACGCCUCCUUCCACAGGCGGUUCGACUUCCACACCCGCUGAUUCGCAAGCCGACGCCGAGUUAUCCGAGGAUGGAUCGACCGGCGCAGUGCAUGCUAUAUCGAAGAAACCAAAAAUGUCACCACGCAAACGACCGGUUGCGAAAUGGAGACAGCAGGAUAAAAUGGUCCGGCGCAGUGCUCGGAUUCAGCAGCGCCAGGUGGUGGCAGGCGACGUCAAUCUCCAGCGAACCUCGCGAAGGAUCCCGCGAAAAGAAGCUUCCAGAAUCGAAAAAUUACGGAAGGGUGCAAAGGCCCGCCCGAGAUGA